GGCGCGCAAACAGUGCCUUUUCACUUUGACAUUUACAGGGAAAACUCUGCUCCUUUUUUACCUUCUGUAAACUAUUUAACAAAGCAGUCGGCUGUAAUGGCGUGUAAAAGAGGAGCUCUUAUCGUGCUGGAGGGAGUGGACAGAGCCGGGAAAACUACGCAGUGUAAUAAACUGGUCCAGGCGCUGCAACAGAACGGACAGCCGGUGGAGAUGAUGAGGUUUCCCGACAGGAGCACGACCAUCGGGCAGCUGAUCAGUUCUUAUCUGGAGAAGAAGAGCGACCUGGAGGAUCACACUGUUCACCUGCUGUUCUCUGCAAACCGCUGGGAACUGGUGCCUUUAAUGAAGAAGAAGCUGGAGCAGGGCACCACUCUGGUUGUAGAUCGGUACGCUUUCUCUGGAGCUGCUUUCACCAGCGCCAAGCCAGGUUUCUGUCUGGACUGGUGCAAGCAGCCUGAUGUGGGUCUGCCGAAGCCGGACCUCGUCAUGUUUCUGCAGCUCAGCCCCGCCGAGGCCGCUCUCAGAGGUCAGUUUGGAGAGGAGAGAUACGAGACCAGCGCCUUCCAGAAAGCGGUUCAACAGAAAUUUGAACAGCUGAUGAAGGAUCCUUCGGUCAACUGGCAGAUCAUUGACGCUUCUCAGAGUGUCGAGGACGUGCACAAGAACAUUGCAAACCAUACCAAUAACGCCAUCAACACAGCUCAGAACCUGCCACUCGGACAGCUCUGGACGCGGACUUAAAACUAUUCUCUGUAGAACUUCCACAUUGCAUCUCAGCUAGUAACGUUUUGCCAUUUUGUAUAUUACCCUCUCAAGUGUAGCUCUGACUCUUCUGCACAUUACAUUCAUUAUGUAGCUCCAGUUUAAAGAAAUGAAUGCCUGUGUUUCUAAUUAAUCCCACCUUCUCAAAAUCGAAGACAUAUACGAUUGUCAAAUGUCAGAGUUUGAUUUUUAUUUUUGAAUCCUUUUACAUGUCUAUUCUUUCACCUGUCUACAUAUUGUGUCGAGUAAAUAAAUAAUCUUCAAAUGAA